AUGCGUUUCACAUCCGCCGUUGCCAGCGGCCUUGCUGCCGUCGGUGCUGCUGCCAGCACUCCCAACUAUCUGGGUUUCAACUCCGGCUCUACCCAGGAUGACCGUUCCGCCAAGUUCAAGAGCGAUUUCCUUGCCGAGUUCAAGACGGCCGCCAACCUCAAGAACUCUCCCGGCGACUUCAACUCGGUCCGUCUGUACACCAACAUCCAGGCCUACUCUACCGAGGACCCCAUCCAGGCCUUUGACGCCGCCGUCGAGACUGAGACCAACAUCCUGCUGGGUGUCUGGGCCUCGGGUACCGACAGCAUCGACAAGGAGGUCACCGCCCUCAAGAAAGCCAUUGCCAACCAUGGCAGCAAGCUGACCGACCUUGUCAUCGGUGUCAACAUUGGCAGCGAGGACCUGUACCGUACCUCGCAAACCGGUAUUGAGAAUGAGUCCGGCGUCGGUGCUGGCCCUGACACCAUUGUCAACUUCAUCAACGACUGGAAGAAGGCCUUCAAGGGUACCGCCCUGGCUGACACGCCUGUCGGCCACGCCGACACCUGGGAUGCCUGGACCAACGGCACCAACAAGGCCGUCAUCGACGCCGUCGAUUUCCUCUCGGUCCACGAGUAUCCUUACUACGAGGGCACCAAGGACAACGACAUCUCCAACGCCGCUGACCUCUUCGAGACUGCCUACGAAAAGACCCUUGCUGUCGCUGGCGACAAGCCUGUCUGGGUCACCGAGACUGGAUGGCCCUACGUCGGCCCUAAGUGGGAGCGUGCCGUCGCCAGCGUCGCCAACGCCAAGAAGUACUGGCAGGACGUCGGCUGCAAGAAGCUCUUCAACAAGACCCCCACUUUCUGGUACACCCUCCGGGACGCCAACCCCGACAACACCAUGAAGUUUGCCAUCACCGACGAGCUGUCCACCACCCCCCGCUGGGACCUCAGCUGCCCUACUACAACUGACGACGACGACAACGACGAUGACAAUGACAACGACAACGACAACGACGACGACGAUAGCCUGACCUCUACCUCGACCUCUUCUUCCUCCAAGGCCACUGAGACCGUCAAGAGCGGAAGCGAUGAGGUCACCUCGUCCGUCUCCAAGCCCACCUCCAGCUCCGACUCCAGCUCCGGCUCCGCCACCACCACCGCCACCGCCACCAGCGGCAGUGACAGCAGCAGCUCCAGCAACGAAGAGCAGGCCGCUUCUACCCCUGUCUCCGGCUCCAGCUCCGAAACCCCCGUGGCUGCCGCCUCCACCCUGAAGGUCAGCGCCGUCGGCAUUGUUGCCGUUAUCGGUGGUCUCGUUGCUCUCUUCUAA